UACCAUGCGUUUUGUACGAUACAUACACAAAAAUGUGUAUGUGUACUGAUAUUGUCAUGGACACCUGUGCACUACCAAAAAACUAUUAAAUUAUUGAUAUUGACUUUCACAUAAUUUUGAUCACUAAACCACCUGUGUUACAAACACGUAUUCACCAUGUUUGUUUAUGGUGCGAUUUGAUUUAUUUGGUUUAAAUCUUUAUUUGAGUGCUAAUAGAGGGCUAAAUUUUUUGUACGUUUCCUAAAAUCGUGCCAAAAUAUUUGUAAGAUAUAUUUAUAUGUACACAUGCUUCCCUAUGCAAAUCGAGCUCUCGAAAAUUUGACAAUUUUUGUUGCAAAAAGGAUAAUCCGACCCCAGUAACAAAGCACAUAUAAAUGAUAUCGCAAACUUGACAUCUGGGGACAUAAGACGAUAUCGAAAAUCAAAUAUAGAUGCGAUAUUAUUCUAAUGUAAUCUAGAUUACAUGCCACGCCAUUUUGUAAUAAUUAUGCCCACUGAAAUACGUAAAUAUGAUGUUACAAAUUAUAUGUCGCCUGGAUAUCGGAUUAAUGAACGAAAAUGUCAUUCACAAGACUUUGUAAUAUUUCCAACAUAGUUAAUACAUUGCAGGAACACAUUAUAUCUACAUCACCAAACAACAUAGAAGGUAUAUCAAUUCUAUAUUCCCCCCACACGCGCAUCCACACCGCGCAUUCCCCUUCAGUUUUCACCACCAGUUGUAUUUCGGUCGUGCUCCAGCACAUUCGCUAAAUUCCGUUCCAGGUUUUGCAGAAUUUAUUAGCAGGUACGUAAUUUUAAUUGUAAUGUCAACAAAUAUAAUUGGGCGACGACGCAUACAGCAGUUGGCUCGUCAACAGGCACUUGUGACGACUCGGUGUCAAAAUUUGAGUGAACAAUUAUCUUCAACAACGGAAGUAAACGUGUCUAAGGACACUUUAACAAACUCAGAACCAAACAUUUUUCUUGAACAUAAUUCCCUACAUAUAUUAAAUGAACAAAAUAAUACUUCCAGUAGUUUGACAAACGAUGCUGGUACUGCGGACUCUGUACUAAAUGAAGUUAAAAAGUGGGCUUUAACAUCCGGUGUGAAUCAGAGUCAAUUAAGUUCUCUUUUAAAGAUUUUGAAUCAGCAUAACUGUUUUAGUACUUGGCCAUCGGACAGUAGAACUCUGCUUAAGGGAAAAUGCUUAAGAAACUAUGAUAUUAUUGACGUAUUACCAGGCAAAUAUGUACAUUUCGGAUUGACUAAUUAUUUAGAUAGCAUUGUGAAAAUAAAAUAUACAGGACAGUUAAAAUUACAAAUAAGUAUUGACGGGCUGCCUCUAUUUAAUAGUAACUCUGUGAAUCUGUGGCCUGUCUUAGGGCAUUUUUCAAAUUUUAGCAAUAGUAAACCGUUCGUCAUAGGAAUCUAUUGUGGAUUAAAGAAGCCAACCAAAGUGGAAGAUUUUCUAAACUUAUUCAUUGCAGAGUACAAGAUAGCGCGAUCUAAAAAUGACACUUUAAUAAUCAAUUGUUUCGUGUGUGACACGCCAGCACGAGCAUUUAUAAAAUGUGUGAAAGGACACAAUGCGUACUUUGGUUGUGAUAAGUGCUGUGUAGAGGGAAACUAUUCUAAUCAUCGCAUGAACUAUUCAGACGUGGGAAGUAAUCUCAGGACCGACGAUAGCUUUAGGAAUAAAAUUGAUGAAGAUCAUCAUGUAGGGACUACUCCACUUUUACAAAUAAGGGACCUUGACAUGGUAAAAUGCUUUCCACUCGACUACAUGCACUUGGUUUGCUUAGGUGUGGUAAAAAAACUUUUAAUUUUAUGGACGCGUGGGAAACCGAAAACGCAGAAGUUAUCAAGUUUUCAAAUUAACGAAAUAUCAACAAAAUUGGAAGGUUUCAGUAAAAUAACUGCUAGUGAAUUUUCCAGAAAACCAAGAACAUUGAGCGAAUUAGAUAGAUGGAAGGCCACAGAAUUUCGUCAGUUUCUUUUGUAUAGUGGUCCUGUCAUUUUGGAAAAUACUUUAGUGAAAGAAAAUUAUUUAAUGUUCAUAAGUUUAUCUAUAUCUAUUCGAAUUUUAUGCUCUGAAAAACACUAUUUAAAAUAUAAUGAUUACGCUCACAAGUUGCUCUUGUAUUUUGUUCAAACUUUUAAACGACUUUACGGCGAGGAUUAUAUUUCUUACAAUAUUCACGGACUCGUUCAUUUAGCUGCCGAUGCUAAAAAUCUUGGUGCUUUGGACACUUUUAGUGCCUUUAAGUUUGAGCACAAAUUGGGAAAAAUAAAGAAAUUAGUAAAAUCUCCUAACCGUCCCCUACAGCAAAUUGUCAACAGGCUAAAAGAACAGGAAUUUAUUAUUAAAUUUUCAAGUGACAGUUAUAAGCUAUCAAAGUUGCAUAAUAAUGGCCCCUUAAUAAGUAAAGUGAACGAUACAAAACAGUACCGGUGUUAUCAAACUGCUAAACUUAUAAUUAAUUGCGAUUUUUUAAGGGAUUCCUUUCUAUUAACCAAGUCAGGGGAGUUAAUUCAAGUAUAUAAUAUUUUACAACAUACUUGUUCAAAUAAAAUUCAGUGCGUCGCAAAAAGUGUGAAAAAUGUCAGCCCCUAUUUUACCGAACCAAUUGACUCAUCGCUCUUCGACAUUUAUCGUGCUGACCUAAAUAAUUGUGGCGAAUUAAAAUUGGUGGACAUCUCCGAUAUUAUGAAUAAGUGCCAAAUUUACAAUAUUGCAGGUUCUCAAAGUGCAAUAUUUGGACUAAUUCACGCUGAACUUAGCAAGUAAAUAUGUACUACAUUGUUGAAUUUACUGCCUCCUCAAAAUUAUUCGUCGAAGCUGUCCCACAGCAUUGGUUCGACAACGGACAGGUGGCUUAUCCAAAAACAAAAAAUGCACGGCAGUGUAUCAGUUCUAAUAAAGUUGUGGAGCCGGCGUGGCCUCGAUACCCUGCUAGGAUUUUACAUGCCUACCCCACAUUGAAGGAAGCAAUGGCAAAAUUGAAUGCAGCUGUAGAAAAUUCAGAUUUAUCCUCAGCCGAGGGAGAUGAUACCAAAACUCGGACACGAAAAAAUCCAACUAUUCGGAACGACUUGGAUUCAUCGGAUGAAGAGAGGACGAAGGAGAGGACACCGCCAUCAGUUCUGAGUGGAUUCCCACGAUUGGAGCAAGUUCGACAAGACAAGUCAAUUGAAAUUGAAUCCAUCAAUGACGAAGCAGUCGCAUUUGGACAAGGUGUAGAUGCACGUGGAGAAGAAGUAUACGCUGUUCGUAAUGACCAAACUACGCAAGAUGAUAUGAUAAGUCAGGCUAGUUCCAGUCAAGGCGUUGGAAAUAUUAUACUUGAAAUUCCUCCUGGGUGGGUGAAUACUGGCGCUAAUUUGGCGGAUGGGAAUGAUGAGGAUUUGAGUGCAACUGAUCAGCAGGUUCCAGUGCUAGUGACAAUUGAAAAAGAAUUCUUGGUAAGACUCCAGCAAGACAUAUCCAUGAUUAAAUACUCACUGUCGAAUCUGGAGAGGAAAUUUGAUAAUUUGUCAGCACACAAUGGCAUUGAGAAAUCUGCUCGAGCAAGUCUUGUCAUUCCCCGUCCGUUCGAAAGUUGGGAACAAUUUAAGGAAUUUGACGAAACUUUAAAUGAUGAUCUUUCAGUCAAAGUGAAAUUGCAGUUUGCGCGCUAUGCUGAAAGUAGGCUAACAGAAAACGUGUACAAAAUAUUACGAAAUUUGUUUACCGAUCUGGCUGCCACGAAGAUAAGCUUUAAAGGACAGAAGGGCAAUUUCGACUUUUCCAAUACCAAUAUGAAACAACUUGUGUUUGAUUCCGUCUUUGCAAACGACAAGUAUCUGAAAACUGAGAGGGAUAUUGAGAAGACCAUCAUUGCUUGGUUUCAACACGCCGGAGGACGCCUAAAGAAGCACAUGACUGCCAAAAAUCCUCGAAAACUUUAAAAUAUGUUAUUAUUUUGAAAACAUAAUUAUUACUUUGCGAAUAAAAAAUACGCCUAAUGAAAUU